AUGUCUCUUCGAACAGAGGGGGCCCAGUGUGGUGGUGUUGUGGAGUUUGAUGGUGAUAAUAACAGAGAUUCACCUGUGAUGAAAGCCAGGAGCAUACCAAGAUCAGCCCUCAUCUACCUCAAGGGCCCGAAGUUUCUCAUCUAUGUCAGUGGAGCGUUAUCUAUGUGGGGUGAUCGUAUGUGGCAUUUCGCCAUUUCUGUCUUCCUGAUUGAGCUGUAUGGGCAUAACCUGCUGUUAACGGCCAUCUUUGGACUUGUGGUGGCUGGAUCGGUGCUCUUUCUAGGAGCAUUGAUUGGAGAUUGGGUUGACCGCAAUCCAAGAAACAAAGUGGCCCACGCAUCUCUGUUCAUUCAGAAUGUUUCAGUGACUGUCUGCAGCAUCGUGCUCAUGUUGGUGUUCUCUUACAAAAAGUGGAUUGAGGAAAUCUGGGAUGGGUGGUUAACUGUGGUUUGUUAUACGGUGGUGAUCGUCCUGGCAGAUGUGGCAAACCUUGCCAGCACAGCUCUCACCAUUGCCAUCCAGAGGGAUUGGAUAGUGGUAAUCACAGGCUACAACCGUGGUCACCUCGCAGGAAUGAAUGCAACAAUGAGACGGAUCGAUCAGGUGACUAAUAUUCUGGCUCCGCUGGCAGUGGGUCAAGUAAUGACCCUAGCCUCUAAUGUGGUUGGCUGUGGCUUCAUCUUGGGAUGGAAUCUGGUGUCCCUCAUUGUAGAGUUCAUCUUCCUCUCCAGAGUCUACCGUAUCGUACCAGAACUGUCUGUCAAACCGCCAACAAUGGAACAUCAAAGCUAUUUAGAGAAGAAAAGAGAAAGUAAACGCUCACAAGAUACGACCUCAGUGUGUCCAACUGCAGCCAUCUCUGCAGAGAUCACCAGUAGCCUGCAUUUACAAGAGAUAACUAGAAUACCAGUGUGCUUCCACCGCCUGCGCAGGCUCCUCAGCACCUGCCAAGAGGGAUGGAGGGCAUAUUACAAACAACCUGUUUUCCUCGCCGGCCUGGGCCUGGCCUUCCUGUACACAACAGUGCUAGGCUUUGACUGCAUCACCACAGGCUACGCCUACACCCAGGGCAUCAGCGGCUCACUACUCAGCAUAUUAAUGGGCGUGUCAGCUGUAGCAGGGCUUUUGGGCACUGUCCUUUUCACAAAGCUGCGGAAAGCAUGUGGCCUGGUUAACACUGGGGUCAUUUCCAGCGGUCUGCACCUUGGCUGCCUGUUGCUUUGUGUGUGCUCUGUGUUUGCCCCCGGUAGCCCCAUGGACCUCAGUAUACUAUAUAUGGGGAAUGCAUCGGAUGUGGGUGGGAUGACAGGAGGUCACCAGAGGCAUGGAUACCCACUGCGUGGAGGCAGCAACCAGCCUCUGCUGCCGGAUCGCUCCUCCAUUCACUGGACUAAUAACACUGUGUUGUUUGAGAAUGCACCAGCAGGGACUGAACCUGAAUCUUACAUCUCCAUCAUCUUGCUGUUCCUUGGAGUCAUUAUGGCUAGAGUUGGCCUCUGGUCCUUCGACCUCACAGUGACUCAGCUCUUGCAGGAAACGAUAAGUGAAUCAGAGCGUGGGGUGGUCAAUGGAGUCCAGAGCUCCAUGAACUACCUAAUGGACUUGCUGCACUUCCUCAUGGUCAUAUCUGCACCUCAGCCACAACACUUCGGCAUCCUUGUCAUUAUCUCCAUCCUGUUCAUUUUCACAGGACACACCAUGUACUUUCUGUACGCCAGGAAGGCUAAGAGGAAACAACGUACAAACACAUAAACAACACAGAUGUACUGUUCUGCAGACUUCUCUGUUACAGACUCUGUCACCAGCUUGUGAACGUGUCUCCAUCCCUGUGCUGUUUGUUGCAGCAAUUCUUGGAUUCAUACAAAACUGCUUUACUCUUUUGACUGCUGAUUCAUUUCAGGCUGCUCUGUUGGCUGGUUUUAGAGGGGUUUUGGGCACUUUACAGCAGGUCAAAAUGAGAGUCCAGCUUAAAACAGCUAAACACCAGCUUGGCCAGGCUGUGAGACCAUUUUGGACAUCUUAAAUCAGCUAAGAACAGGUUUAGGCUGGUUGAAGCUCUUUAUUUUUCAGCAAAAAGAUGUCGUUGAUCUCUGCGUGAAAAAAAGAAAAAGAAAAAAAGUUUGGCAGCAGCACAGUACUCAGGUGAAUUCGACUAGGAAAUAGCACCUCUUGCUGACAGUAAAGGGAACCGCAAACAUCAUUGACAAGUUGGCACCUAGAGAGCCAACAUUCACGCUGGAAGUUAAUAAGUGUCUUAAAACGCACAGAAUUUCUACAAGAACAUAGUUGAACAUAGCUGACAAAACAUAUUUUUUUAUGGAUUAUUACCUAAGCAAACACUUUUCUUGAAAGCAUUCUCAGUUUUAUCCUAUUGCAGCCAGAAACAGCAUGCUGACAAACAGAUGCUACAACCAAAAUUUAAUGAAACAUCAGUAACCUGAGCUACAGUUGAUUAUAAAUCAUAUAAGUGACAAACAGUCCACC